AUGAAGCUCACUACCGCCCUCAGUGUCGCCGCCGCCGCGAGCACCGUCAAUGGCGCCGCGUUGCAGCCCAGACACUACACCUUUCCUUCCAUCGGCAGCUCCUCCGCCUGGCAGUACGUCCGGCAGACAGACAACUACCAGUCCAACGGCCCCGUCACAGACGUCUCCUCCAACCUCGUGCGCUGCUACACGUCUUCGAACCGCGGCGCGUCGGCGACGCAGAGCGUGGCCGCGGGCAGCAGCGUUACGUUCAAGGCGAACCAGGCGGUGUUCCACCAGGGCCCCAUUCAGUUUUACAUGGCAAAGGUUCCCUCGGGCAAAACCGCAUCCACUUGGGACGGCUCCGGCGACGUCUGGUUCAAGAUCUACACCGAGAAGCCCUCGAGCUCGUCCAACGGGCUGUCCUGGGCCUCCCUCAACCAGGCCAGCUUCGCCGUCACCAUCCCCAAGAACGUGCCCAGCGGAGAGUACCUCCUGCGCAUCGAGCAUAUCGCGCUCCACGGUGCCAGUGCGGUGAAUGGCGCGCAGUUGUAUAUCAGCUGUGCGCAGUUGGCGGUUACUGGGGGUGGGAGUGGGAGCCCGGGACCGCUGGUUGCGUUUCCAGGUGCUUAUAAGAAUACGGAUCCCGGGCUCAUGGUUAAUAUCUAUAGUGCGAGGAGUUACACGGCGCCGGGGCCGGCGGUGUGGACCGGGUAG